AUGGUGUCGGCAUUGACGCUCAACUCCGAGGACGGCAGCCUGAGCGUCCUUGACUUGCUCCAAAAAGCAGCGGACGUCCACACUGCAGAGCUUACCGCGGUCAGACAACUCCUGGAAGAGGCAUCCGAGGCGCUUCGUCGGGAGCAGGAACGGUCCAAGCGAUUUAUUCAACGGCAAGACUCGGCGUCGCUGCUGCCACCUACACCUGCCUCGCGGCCACCGAAACUCGAAGUCACAGGCGAUGAUGUGCAGCUGCAUAAGAAGCUUCCCGGCUCCGUCGACGCUUCGGAAGGUCUGGUGCCAGAAGCAGCCACCAGCGCAAAGGGCUCUUUCCGCAGCGCUAACUUCCAGGGUGUGCUGCCCUGCGACGAGCCUCCCGGGUCCCGCCGCCAUUCGCGUCUCUCCGAGCUCCCGGGAUCGACGCCUCCACCGGACCUCAAACUGGCAGCGGCAUGGAGAAGGAAGGCAGCCACCACCACCUCGAAGAUUACAAGGACUGUCACCAACGGUGUUCCCGGCGAUCGCGGCCUGGAGGAUGACUCCGACCAGAGCUACAUGCUGCACUUGUUGAACAAGUUGGUUCUGGAUCCCAGUUCUCCGAAGCGCUUGUUCUUCGAGGUUCUGGGACUGUUCCUCAUCAUCUACGAUCUCUUCUGGCUUCCCAUGCAGGUUUUUGAUCCCCCGGGAAACGUCUUCACAGAGGCGAUGGGGUGGUGCUCCAGCAUCUAUUGGGCUCUGGAUAUUCCAAUGUCCUUCCUGGUUGGCCAGAUCCUCCAGACAAAGGGCAUCAUUGAGAUGCGGGUGAGAGCCAUUGCAGGCAUCUACAUCCGCGGCUGGUUCUGGUUCGAUAUCCUCGUCGUCUCAGUGGACUGGGCCCUGAAUGUCUACGAGAUGGUCACCAACACUCGCAACGUUGGAGGAAUCAGCGCCCUCCGACUCGGCAAAGGAGUGCGCAUCCUCCGCGUCUUUCGCCUCAUCCGUGUGUUGAAAGGUGGUGGGAUGCUUCAGGAGCUGCUGGAUACGAUCCACUCUGAGCACUGUAUCAUCAUAGUCGGAAUCGUGAAGCUUCUUGGUCUGAUCCUCUGCGUGAACCACUUCAUCGCGUGCGUGUGGUUUUGGAUUGGGAGACAAGAUCCCGACGGCGUAGACACGUGGUUCUAUGACAAUGCCAUCAUUUCCAAAAGCAUUCCUUAUCAGUACUCUACUUGUUUGCAUUGGAGCUUGACGCAGUUUACGCCGGCAUCGAUGGAAGUCUACCCCACCAAUGCCACGGAGCGGAUCUUCUGCGUGUGCGUCAUCGUUUCUGCAAUGGUGAUUUUCUCUUCUUUCAUCUCUGCCAUGACGAACGCCAUGACUCAGCUUCGGACUCUGAACAAGGACAGGAACGACCAGUUCUCGUUGCUUCGCAGAUAUUUGACCCAGUGCAAUGUGUCUGGAGGGCUACUUGCGCGGGUUCUACAGAGUGUGAACUCUGCCAUGAACAGGAACAAGCGGCGUGUGCACGAGGAGGACAUCAGGGUGCUGUCGAUGCUUCCUCUCAGUCUGCGGCAAGACCUCAACUCCGAGGUCUACUCUCCCACGUUUGCCAUGCAUCCCUUCUUUGCUGUCUGCAGCUCUUGUUUCGAGCCCCAAGUCCGCAAGCUCUACUCUGUGGGUCUGAAAGGAAGGUCACUGCCGCCGAACCAGGAACUCAUCACUUCUGGCGAAGCAGCCACGACGAUGUAUUUCAUCACAUCUGGGGCCUUGAGCUACAAGUGUGACAAGCAGCUGUCACCGCUACCAAUUCUGCUGCAAGAAGGCAGGAAGGGCUCUUGGAGAGAGGCUUGA